AACCUUGUCUGAUGUGAUCAUUAACCUUUCUGGAAAAGGCAGCUGGCAGUUCUCCGAGGUUUGUCAUUAGAAUGUGAGAAGAGCCACACAGAUAUUGCACAGGCUGUUCAAAGGAGUCUGAUUUACUUUGAGAGCUACUGCUCCAUUUUAGUGUGGCAGAAAAAUGAGACUUCAACAAUUGCUUUUUGUAUUUUUAAUUGUUAUGAUGAGUCUUCUUCUUAUCAAUGGACAGAGACCAGCUAAUUUGGCAAUGAGAAGAAAACUACACAGACUCAGCUGCCAUCAGAGGAGAUGUAUGCCUCUCCAUUCACGAGUGCCCUUCCCCUGAGAUCUUCUUUUACUGACUUCACCUGGUCUGCCAGAAGAAGAGGAUUGAAGGAAAAAUACCCACCCACACAAUCGUGUGCUUGCUUGUUCCUAUAUGAAAAGGAAUCCUUUGAAAGGACCUGGGAUGUCUUAUUAGUUUCACAAGAUUCUCUUCUUCUGUUUUCUUUUUAGAGGGAAAAUAACAUGAAUUGAAAAGCAAUUACAGUCUGAAGCACAGUUAUUACCUGCAUAAAAAAAUCUCUCAUCUUUUCUGCACAUUAUAAUUCAUACAUGGGUUAGCAAGAAAAAUACUUUGUAAUGUCUUUGGACUUUUGAAUAGUAAAAAGUGCAAGAAUAUAAAAUUUGGCUUUCAUAGUCCUAUAACCCUCAAAAAUAUUAAAAUAAUGUUGUAUAUGUUUGAAUGAUUAUUUUUAAAAA